GGACUGUUACUGAGUUACUGCUAUGCCGGCUCACUUGGUUUCUAUUCGGCUUUUGAUCUGUGACUUCCAACGAUGUCAUGAUGAAGGACAGCAAGCAGACCGUUGUUCAGAAACGCAAGGGAAUCUGUCACAGCAACUAUAAAGUUCGCGCCUCUUACGCUCCUACAUCACCGUCCCAAUGCUACACACCAAACUCGCUUGGCUCUUCCUGUGUCCUUGUCUCCUGGCAACCGCAGCUGCGAAUUUCGCCGCGGACCCCUCCAUCGACGUCUCGGCUAUCUACACCGCUGGUCAAGCGAGCACACUGUCACGGACUGGUAUUAUUGAUAGCUUCCCCGCGACCGAGGGGGACGAAGACAACGUCUAUAUCCAGGGGAAUUGGCUCAACCUUGAUGGUGUGUCUGCAUACCAUUUUGUUGCAGACAUGGACGUGGAUUGCGAUGGAGUCGACUACCAAUGUGCGGGAAACCCCGACGGUCAACCAGAAACCUCCUUUGGUGCACUAGACGCCUCGUCUGUGCCAUGGUACGUUAUACCCCAGACAUUCUGGGACGCGCACCAGGAUAUCAAGCCCAAUGCGCUUGGUGCUGUCAUCUGUGACGGAAAGAUGUUUUAUGGGAUUUUCGGGGACACCAACGGGGAUGACCCGGAAGUUAUUGGGGAAGCCUCACUUGUGCUAGCUCAGACAUGUUUUCCGGAUGAAGGUCUAAGCGGGGGCAAUGGCCAUACGCCGCUGGACGUCCUCUAUAUCAUCUUUGGGUCUAAAGUACCCUCAGGCGUCGGGAAGGAGAGCAUUGACAUUGACGCUUUGAAGACGCUCGGGGACGAGCAGGUCCAGCUCCUUGCAACCGCUCUUGGCGGUAAUGGAAGUGCCAAUAGUACGAUCACCAUCAUUGAAUCGGGAAACUAACAUCUUUUCUUGCUUAACCCAUAUUACCCGUCCUUUGUAUACCCUGCAACAGAACACCU